AUUGAUUUGAUUUUAAUAUCAAGGUCAUAUUGAGGCCACAUUGCAUCACGUAUCAGUAUCAUGCUUUAACUCACGCAAUGACUGUCAGCUACGGCAGUCUUAUAGCUACCGUCAAGUAUGGGUCGUUUUUCCGUUUGCUUUUUCGAUGGCGUGGAAGUCUUUAUAAAUUAGUAUGGCCCGGUUUAAUAGCUUAUUGCGUCUGUUACGCUGUUGUCGCGAUCGCUUAUCACUCCAUACCAGACAAACCUGAAUUUCGAAGUGCUAGGCUACUUUUUGUCCAAAUAUGCUACAUCUCUGGGCGCCUAACAAAUGCAGUCCCAUUAUCCUUUGUUUUGGCAUUUUAUGUGAACUUGGUAGUUGCACGAUGGUUACAGCAAUUCUUUUGUUUACCAACUCCUGAUGCAAUAUGCCUACUUUUAUCAACCUAUUUAAGUGAAAACCCGAGUGUCAAAGACCACAAAAAAUUAGCAAACGGCGAAGAAAGAGCGUUAGUCUUCAGAAGAACCAUUACUCGUUACGUCAAUUUGGCUUCUGCUUUAUGCUUUUACUCAAUAUCUAUGAGUAUGAAACAAAGAUUCCCCACUCUUGAUAGUUUGGUCUUAUGUGGCUUAAUGACGGAACAAGAACUAGAAAUCUAUUCCAAUCUAGAAGAAUCAACCAGCAACUUUUUCGUACCAUUAGUAUGGGCCAUUUCUCUGAUUACGAAAGCUCGCGAAGAAAAUAUGAUACGCGAAGAAAGACACGUGGAUGCACUAAUCAGUCAGGUAGUAGAGUUUUGGGAAAAACUGUAUAAACUAUGCAUGUAUGACUGGGUGAAUAUACCUUUAGUUUACAACCAGGUUGUAGCGUUGGCUGUGUACAUUUAUUUUGCUAUGACAAUUUUCGGUCAUCAGUUUAUUGAUGCACCUUUAAUUUUAUCGCCUUUGUCGACCAAUUCAUCUAAUUUCACAUCAACCAACAGUAAUAAUGAUAGUAAUAGUAUUCUUAACAAUUCUGUCAAUGAUACGAAUAUCAUUCAUGGUAUAUCAUUUCCUAAAGUGGUACCAAAUAUUCCAGUAUUUACAAUUCUUUCGUUUAUUUUUUAUAAUGGUUGGCUUAAAGUAGCUGAAUCACUUGUUUCACCAUUCGGCUUAGAUGAUGAUGAUUUCGAAGUUGUUCCAUUAUUGGAAAGAAAUUUAAAUACAAGUUUAUAUUUUGUAGAUACAUGUAUUGCCGAUUCGAAUUUAAUUCCUGAAUUAGUAAAAACUGGUUGCAAGAUUGAUAUUGACACUGAUGUUGACAAUGAUUACACUGGUGAUGAUCAAACUGAUGAUACUACUGUCCAUGAUCCAGAUUAUUAUAAUCGAUAUCAUAUUCCUGGUAGUCGUCGAAGGAAAAUUAGUACACGGUCAAAAGGCGAAGGUAGUCGAAGAGGCAGUUUUUUGACACCUGAUUUAUGCGAUGAAAAUUAUCCAUCAACAUCUCAUACUUUUGGAUCACCUGCUGAUAUUGAAACACCUUGGCCUCAAUUACCACCGACUCGUCAACGUCGACCAUCACAUACAGCUUUAAUUGGAUCAUUGGAAGUAGCCGGAGUUGCAAAAGAAACAGAGUCGAAAUUGUCUUCUUCAUUACACUCUUUAACGCCUGAUCGAGAGAGUGUACAUCUGCAUCCGGAUACAUUGCUUGCUUCAGUAGGAUCACAGCUUCAGCGUUUAGGAUCUAAAAUAAAAAAAUUAUCAUUCAGUCGACCAAAUACUCCUCCGGUUACUAAUGAAUUAAGUAAUCUUAAUACAGAAUCUCUACAUCCAAGUCGUUCAAAUAGUAUUAUAUCAAGCCAAGAUAAACUUGAUUCUAAAGAUGAUCGAAAAAUUUAAUACGAAUAAAAAAACAAACUACUUAUAUUCUAAAUCUCUUACUUCAGCUUAUUUUGUUUGUGUCAUUUUGCUACUACUAUCCGUUUAAGCAUUUAAUUCAGUUUGUGUGUUUAUUACAAAGUUAUCAUAUGAAACAUAGACACAAAUAAGCAAACAUUACCUUUCUAUAACGGAUGGUUGUAUUAUAAUUUACUGUUACUAAUCGCAUAUUUUCUCAUCUUUAAUUGUAUUUAAACGGAAAAGCAUCGAAUGUUCUCAAACGUUAUAUUUCACCAUAGUUUCCAUUCUCUUAACUGAACUCGUAUUUAAAAAGAAAUAAUUACGCGAUCACUUCACAUUCCACUUUUAUUUAGUGUUCCUUAUUCUCAUCCUACUGGGGUUUUUUGAGAAAAUUGGGUAUGGCAUUAUUUUUUUAAUCAUUUCAAAUAGUUUAGUUAUAUAUAGAGGCUUAUUCAAAUUCUAUAUUGUUUAUAAUAUACAGCUUUUUAGAAACUUUAAUGUGAAAUCGUCGUUGAUUUAAUUCGCCUUACUUGUGUCAGUCAGUUGC